AUGUUUGAAGAAGCAGCAACGCUCUCUAUCGGAGAGUUGAAGCGAUACCGUGCCUGGGUAAGUCACAUAGAGAUCCUGGCCGGUUGUAUUAACACAUCUAAGGCUUUUCCUUCGGCCCUGUCGGAUCGCUCACAUGACCCGUUUCUCAAUCUCCGCACUGCGACUCAGUGGAUGACUUCAAUUGGCUACCAGACCUUUCUGCUCAAUAGCAACUCGGGUGGAGCAGAUGCGGUGGAUCCGGCGUCUGCAACGAUGGAUCAGAUUGAUCGGUAUCGGACAGAGAUCCUUGGACCUAUGUACCGCGACCAUCCAUUCUUUGACGUCGAUAGUCUUGAAGAGUGGAUCAACCCUGGAACGUUCGGGGUAUUUCUUCGCUGCUAUGCUCAAGAAUCCGGCGUAGAUACGCUCCAGACUCAUGACUCUGAGUCCGCUGUCCCAACUUCGCCGGCAUCCUCUUUCUGUGAUCUCAACUCUACAGCUGGAAGCCGAGGGUCUCUGGUCCCCGCCUCUCGACCUGCGUCCUCCAUGUCCAUCCAUUCGACUUCAUCCUUCUAUGAUGGCAAUUACAAAUCCCGACCUCAGAGUUCUCUGUCUAUGGCUCCCUCAGAAAGUUUCGAUCCUGAUAUUGCGAAGAUUUCUGAGCCUGAUGAAGUUUCGGUGACUUCCAAGCGUAGUGGUCAGUUCAAGGGGAAGUCGAGAGUCGAAGGUGUUCGUAUCACCAGCCAUCAAUCAGUCAACCACCUCGUCCCUAUCUCUGUCCUUCCAAGGACCUGGGAUAUCCCCAACCCGCCGAAAUCGACUGCAUAUCUCUUCCAUGCUGUGACAGAGGCCGACCGCGCUCUCUUGAAGAACGAAGAUGGGACUCUCAAACCGCUGGGGCCUCUCAUUAGGAAGGAGGACCAGGACUCCUGGGACACAAAGUCUGGUGGUCAUGCGUCAGCUACAGGGGAUGUGUCGGUGUCCCAGCUCCUUCCCCACUCCGAGGAGACUGUCCGAUGCCGUCGCAUCACUAUGCAUUGCAAUGGACUCGACAUGUGCUCUCGUCUGGAUCCGAGCCUGCUCUCAGAUGACUACCGGCGGUUUUCGGCGGAUCCGAGUGAGAGCCAUGCAUUAUGGGCACCUCAGAUGCAGGCCAACGCAAACGAGGCUUCGUCUUACAUGGCUGGAGUUGCCCGUUGCUACCGCCAUGCCAUCGAGUCCAAAUGCAAGAUUUCCUGUGAUGGAAAUCCAAAGCUGAUCAAAUUCUCCGGAGGCCGUACUAUCAAGGGUCACACACACUUUAUUGGCUGCUCCAAAUUCCAAUCGACGGAGCGGAAUCAGCACCGCUACUACAUGCUUCCCGAUAACGUCGAGUUUGAGCUUAUCAAACAUGCGCUCGAGAAUGACGGUCAACUGCCCAAUGUCACUGUAGUCAACAAUCUUUGUUCUUUCACUUCCAACCCACGCUUUGGAACCAAGACCUGUGGUUCGUCUUUUUUUUCCUCUGCGAUUUUCAGAAUUGAAGUUCUUGCAGUAUACAGUCACAUCAUCAAUGGCACCAUCUUCCGCUCCCCAAUGGUUCGACGGAAAUGUGACGCCAAGAUGAUCAUUCUUGUCCCGACCACGGACGAGCAGCGAAAGCAUCCGGAGGCGCAGCUGGGUUACAAGGCAAUCAUUUAUUUUUUGAGCCCACAUAACCAUCCAGCUUGGCCAGUCUCAAAAAUGGGAUCGUCAGAAAAACAACGCCUCUCAGCUGCGAUCAACACUAUUGGUGUUCGAGGAUUGACAGCGAGCAAACUCCUCAAAUCUAAUGUCCUGACCGAUGCAUUUGGUACCGCUGCCCUGGGAGAAUCCAGCACUGCUCUCUUGAAUAUGCGCAAUGUUCGCCACGAAAUCAAGUCUUACAAGAAGCAGGAAUUCAGAUACGGUACCGGUUGGGAAGGGGGCCAGACCUUCAAGCUCGCGCCAUUCUAUCCAGAGGCGACCUGUCGGGCAAUUAUUCUGGAUGGAGAGGCUGCCCAGGCUCUUGGACUUGGGGAGUUUUUGAAGACUUACAAUGUUCCGUCAAUCAGCGGCAUCGAUUCUUGUGAUCCGAUCGAAUUGCUCUCAUACUGUCUCAAGACAUGUGUCGUUCAUUUUGAUCGUCAUGCAAAGGAGCUUGCGGCGAAAGAUGUUCCGCGGCACGUUAUCGACCGGAUCCGGGAAUUCCCCUACCUGGACUCGCAAAUGAAAAUCGACGAAUGGAUCUCAGAGAUGCCUGACCUUGUGGAGCCCUUCCCCGCGGCCAAUAACUGGCUCAAACACAAACUCAACAAUCGUUGGAUUUUCCCAUCUCUUAAUCAAGUUCUCUCUUGGAUCUCUUUCGAGGACUACAAGACAAUUCCGAACCACUCCAACCUUGCAGAGUCAUCCCAUGCAGCACGUAACGCCGAGACGGAGAUUCAUGUUGGAUUACUGGAUGCAAUUCUUGAUGCCCAAGCUCGCGACAACAUCCAUGCAGCAAAUCUUUGCCAGAUGGAGCUCAGUGGGGUGCUGCACAAACGCGGUAACGACACCUAUCACCGCGAAGUAAACUCUGUCCAGCGGGCGAUGUGGCAGAAGCGAGUGACUGACGAACGCAACAUGCACAUCCAAGACUUUCAGUCGCUUCAGAACGAGCUUGAGGAGGGCAAAUCCGAGAACAAUGCCUCGCUUGAGCGCUCGAAGGGCAUCAAGGCCGAAAUUCAACAGUGUAACAAGCUUCUCCAAGAAGAUCGGCGUAGCGAGCAUGUCUCGCACAGGCUGAAGCAGCUCCGCGCAGAGGAGAAGGCUGAGAUGGAAACUCGGCGAGCAUGGAAAAUUCGUCGGGCAGAGAUUGAUGCCAAUCUCCAGGAGCUUCGUGCGGGACCACUGGCUUGCAAACAAAUUCCUGCCCGUUCAAAGACUUCUACACCUGCACUUGCGAUUUGCGAGUCUCCAUCCCAGCCUAGCACAAGCGGCAUGCAUGCGGCCAUAGAUCUCGCCCCGAGCGCCAACGGUUCCAACUCCGAGGGCAGGGAGGGCUUAUCGGAAUUCAGCUUGCCUCCAAAACCUCCAGCGUCUUUCUCGAACAACGUUCAUUUGAAAAACCAGUGGGCGGAUCCGACACAAGCUAAAGAUCAAUGGCAGUCCAACCCUUGGUCUGGCAUUGGAUUCGGCGAUUCAAACGACCAUCAGUGGGACGAGAGCGUCUGGAUGGAGGACGCUGACGUCAGUGUCGGUGCAUUUGAACGACCUAACUAUGUAAUUGAGAAUACUCCAUUGCCAAACACGUCCAAUUAUCCCCCGUUUUACAGCACAGGGGAAAUGCCCCUUCCCACCGCCGAUCCCAACUCAGAAUUCCCCGAAUAUUCGGCGGAAGAAUGGGAGAUGUUUCUCAGCAACAUCCCCGCUCAUCUGGAGGCAACGGAAUAUUCUGCAGGGAGGGACAGUACGGAAUUUUUAGGUGAUGGUCUAACCUUACCGCCGCCGGUCCUCAAUGUCGAGCCGCCGGUCCUCAUUGCCGAACCGCCGGUCCUCAAUGUCGAACAUGAGAUCUCAGGUUCUCAUGGUGGCACACACAUCUCAACUGUGGUGGAGACAAAUGAACACCCUCUGCGGUGUUCCAGUCGCACCCGCAAGACCAGAAGACGCUCAAAAGACAAUGUGAUUGGUGAAACGACCGGGAAGAGACCAAGGAAGGAGUAA